AUGCAGUGUUUACGGUUUGCUCAUGUCAAAACGACUUCAUUCGUCCGUAGUCUUUCUCCUUUCCUAUACCCAGGAUUUGCUGGCUUCGAGGACGAUCCCUGUAUAGCUGAACAGAUAACAGAGCCCACUUCCAUUGCUUUCAUGUCUAUUGAGGACAGCAUGAGCCACUAUGGUGUUGAGGGAGAACCGGCUAGAAUGGUAACAUGCGUGCCAUUCCUUGUUACUUCAUCAAGCUCGUGGUUGGAUCUGAACGAUCUACUUGACAAAGAAUUCCACGGGCAUAUUGCAUCGUGCAUGAGAUUGUGGGAUAUCGUGACUACUAUUGCGUCACGCUAUUUGCGUUGCGACAUAUUUGCUCAUGAUUCAACUAUGACUGGCUGA